UUUGUAGGAAAAGGGCAAACUCGGAACAUUUUUCUGAUAAUGCGCUCAAUCGCUCUCGAUGCCGCGCUCCGACUCCGUAAAUUCCGUGCAGAACGCGGGCGAAUUUUGUAAACAAACGUGUGUUUUGGUGUCGCGUAUGGUCGGUUCCGCCAAUUCGGAAUUCACGAAUUGGCCACAAAUGGGCAGCGAAAAUUUUAUCGCUCACCAAGAUGGGGGACUUUGCCACCCUCCGGUCGCAUAAAAAAAAACCGAAAGUGCCGUAUGCUGCAAAAUAUAGUCGCUGAGCACAAGCGGGCUGGAUAACAUGAACUCGGUGGAGGCAAUGGAACUUAUCGAAGACGAUAAUAUAACCGGAGCAUCCGACGAUGACGAUGACGGUGAUCCCAGUAGCCCUGGCAGUGCAUAUGACGACGGAACCAACCUGAUCAAUGUAGCCAUGGAAAAUGAGGUUACGGCCCAGCUGGUCGCAGCCGGUGUUGUCGGAGUGGCCGCGGCCGCAGCAAUCACAUCUUCGAAGAAAAAGAAGCGUCCCCAUUCGUUCGAAACAAACCCUUCCAUCCGGAAGCGACAGCAGAACCGGUUGCUACGGAAACUAAGGCAAACAAUUUUUGAGUAUGCAACCCGCGUCGGUCAGCAGGCGGUGGUUCUGGUGGCAACUCCGGGUAAGCCGAACAAUAUUUUCAAAGUGUUUGGUGCUAAACCGCUGGAGGACGUGCUUAAGAACCUACGCUCGAAUGUGAUGGACAAAUUAGAUGAAGCACUAGCAGCACAGGCACCUCCACGCGUACAGGACGAUCCGUCGCUGUUCGAAUUACCACCGCUGAUCAUAGACGGAAUCCCAACACCGGUGGAGAAAAUGACCCAAGCCCAAUUGCGGGCAUUUAUUCCUCUGAUGUUGAAGUAUUCGACCGGACGGGGUAAGCCCGGUUGGGGCCGGGAUUCGACACGUCCGGCCUGGUGGCCGAAGGAAUUACCAUGGGCAAACGUUCGCAUGGAUGCGCGAACCGAAGAAGAAAAACAGAAAAUAAGUUGGACACAUGCCCUACGAAAAAUAGUAAUCAACUGUUACAAAUAUCAUGGCCGAGAAGAUCUGCUUCCAGCAUUCACUGAAGAGGACGAAAAGGCAAAUGCUAUUGCGACCGCAAAUUCAAACGUUGAGCAAAUAAAAAUUCAGAACUCAAAUGUAAUCACAACCACAACCGGAGGCAACUCCAUUGCCAGUAGCAGCAACACCGGUCAGCACAUUGUCAUCCAGCACCAGCCGAGUGGGACGAUAACGACGAGCGUGCCCCAAACGCAGAUCAUCAAGGAGAUCUCGGACGGGACAAUUCAAAUUCAGACCCAGUCAUCACCAACGCAGACCCUGAACGCGCAGGUUUGCCUCGACUCGAUGGCGCUAAGCGAUGUGGAUUACACGCACACAGUGCUGCAAACAAUUCAAAAUGCCGAUGGAACCAUGUCUAUAAUCCAGGUGGACCCCAACAAUCCUAUCAUCACACUUCCGGAUGGAACAACCGCACAAGUACAAGGAAUCGCUACGUUACAAGCUCAGGGCGACAAUGGCGUCCACACAAUUCAGACCAUAUCCGACGGGCAGGGAGAAAGCAUGUCGGUUGAUUUAACCGAAGCUACUCUCGGUCAGGACGGACAGUUGAUAAUCACCGGUGAAGACGGUCAAGAAUAUUCCUAUUCAGGCUUCCCAGUGAACGUAAGCGGAAUGAUCACCGUUCCGGUGUCGGCCCAGAUGUACCAGACGAUGGUGGCCAACAUCCAGCAACUGCCAAACGGAGAUGGAACCGUUUGUAUAACUCCGAUGCAGGUACAUAGCCCAAACUCGACAGUGAACAUGAACGGUAGGGCGACAGUAGCGACCCAGAACGUGACGCUUUCAGCAAGCCACACUGGCAACAGUAAUCAAAUGACCACAAAUCAGUACCCUAACAACAAUAGCUGUAAUUCAAGUAGCCAGAAGAGGCCUCGAACCGUACAAAAUUCCACCGACGUUAACAGUGUUGAUGUUGUAACUACCAAAAGCGAAGUCGAUGAGCAAAUGUUAAACCAACUUCUAGUAUCAAACCAAAGUAAGAAACAUAGUGUGAUAUCAAAUAAUAACAAUAGCAAUUCUACAAACAACAAUACGAUUAAGAUCAAUCUCUCAAAAGAAGCGGCAGAAUUAGCCAGUCAGAAAUCGAUCCUACCUCCGGGAAUCGUUAUUCAACUGAACAGCAAUCUGUUGAACGCCAAAGAUCUACUGAGCGAGAACUUGUCCGCGGCUAUCGAGAAGCAGGUUCAGCUUGUCAAGCAAGAACUAGUAGAUGCUCAACUGAGCAACAGCUCGAAAUCGACAACACCGCGAUCUCGAAGUCCUAGCGCAAUGGACGAAGAUGAUUAGGAAAACCAUCAGCGAGAUUUCCUAUUUCCAACAGUAUAGCAAAUAUGAUGCCAUCACUACCUUAGUUCAAACAGCCGCCAGCAAGUAGUAGUGUGCCAACGACUAUGUCUCAUAAUUUUACAAGCCGGCAACUGAUCAGCGAUCAUACAAAACACAUGCAGCUGUUGUUUGAUUAGUUGACUGACUGACUGACUGACUGACUAACUAACUGACCACCAACUGUGGCCCAGCAUGACGCAGUUUUCACCACCAUUAUUUUGAUUUUCAAGUAUUGUUGAGGUAGUAGUAAUCAGUUUGUUUUGGUUUCCAAAGUUAUUAUAGUUUUGGAUAUGUUUUGAUACAUCAUUCUGAGUAGCUAAUCGGGUAAAUAGAUUAUGUCUAGUCAUAUAACUACAAAUCCACCUCUGUACCUCGGUUUUCUACUGAAAUCUCAUAACUCUCGUGAAUCACUGCUUCAGUUUUGCUACCUGAAGUAUUAUUUCUUCGCCGCUUGUUCGCACUUUUUUUUUGGUGUGUCACUAUCUCCUCAAAGUCGAUACGAUGCACCAGUAGUUACCGAUACUUUGAAAACAUCACAGCAGGCUUAGAAAACAAAAGCAAAAUGUCUUCGUUCCGCGUGCAAUUCGACAGUUUGCGAUACAAGUGAAUCUACAAAACAUUUACGCCUGCGACGACUUAACUUCUAGAUAGUGAAACAAAUGCAAUUAAAUGUAGUCGACCGAUUAGUCAAUCCUACCAUUUUAUAGCCUAUGAUUAAGGUAUCGAUUAGUGGAAGGUUGUCCUUCAUUUAUUUUGUUUUAGUCGUUGAUUUCACAUUUGAGUUCUUGUGCCAUUUUAUGAGUAUUUGUGGUUUGCAUUAUUUAUUUAUGUCCAUCUGAUUUCGUGUGUGUAUUAGUCAUUUUAUUUCUAAGUUGUUAGUAUUUACGAUAAAUAUAUUAUUUAUAACGGAAUAAAGAAUCAGAUCUUUUUUAAAAAUUUUGGUCUUUUAUUGAUUUGUUGAUUUUCCACGUUUCAGUUUACGGCCUUUCCUUUCCGACAAGUAUGACAGUAGUAGAAACUUCAAACAUACGCUAAUCGCCCUUUUCUUGUUUCU